AUGAAUUCUGAAGAUUGUUCCAUGACAGAGAACAGCUCCUCGCAUCUGGAGACAGGAAAACAAAGUAAUGACACUAGCUCCCAUUUUGCAACACAUCAUGAAGGGUCACUUCAAGUUCCUAUUCCAUGUGCUGUAAUGAGUGUGGCUUUCAUCACCAUUUUAAUCAUAGCUCUCAUUGCUUUAUCAGUGGGCCAAUACAAUUGUCCUGGACAAUUUAUUGCCUCAGUAUCAUCAGACAGUCAUGCUCCUCCUUGCUCAGAUGAUUGGGUUGUAUACCAAAGGAAAUGCUACCAUUUUUCUACUAGGAGAAACAACUGGACCCUAGCCCAAACCUUUUGCUCCAAACAUGGUGCUACUCUUGCUCUUAUGGACUCUGAAAAGGAGAUGAUCUUUCUGAAACGCUAUAUGGGUAGUACUGAACACUGGAUUGGAUUGACAAAUGAAACUAGUCAGACUCAGAAAUUGUUUAAUGGCAACAAAUUUAACAACUGGCUCAAAUUGACGGAGUCUGACAACUGUCCAUUUCUGAAUAUUACUGAUGUCAGCAGUAUAGCAUGCCAAAAGCAUUUACAUUGGAUUUGUAGCAAACCCUUCAAUUAA